AUGUUUCGUCAACAAGCCGCAACUGUAUUGAAGCUUAAGACCGUAUCACCAUCAAUACCUAACUUUACAAGAAACUUAUUCAUUGCCACCAAGAAUACUACUCAGAGCAACAGCAACACUCAAAAGCAAAUUACGAGAAACAUGUCCAAGUCAGAUAACGAAUGGAGAGCUAUUCUUUCCCCAGAGCAAUUUUAUGUCUUGAGAGAAAAGGGAACUGAACCACCAGGAUCAGGUAAGUACAACAAAACACCAUCAUCGGACAAGGGUGUUUAUGAGUGUGUUGCUUGCCACAACCCCCUUUACAAGGCUAGUACCAAAUUCGAUUCUGGAUGCGGAUGGCCAGCUUUUUAUGAUGCUAUUCCUGGCGCUCUCAAUAUCCACACCGACAAGAGUCAUGGUAUGGUGAGAAACGAAAUCACCUGUGCCAAAUGUGGUGGACACUUGGGACACGUUUUCAAAGGCGAGGGAUUCCACACCCCAACCGAUGAAAGACACUGUGUCAACAGUAUUUCACUUCACUUGAACCCGGACAAGACCGAAUAA